UACUAGUACUACUCAGCACGAUUUAGAAAGAGUCUUUAUAAUUAACAUCCGAAUAGACAACGAAUCCACUCUCAGCGACCACAAACCCAAUCCCAAGAACCCGUUCGAUCGAUGGCUGCUUCCGACGUGCACCACGGCGGCGCCACGCCGGCGGCGGCGGCGACCGCCGUGCCGUGCGUCACGCUCAACUCGGGCCACGCGAUGCCGGUGCUGGGCUUCGGCACCGGCUCGUCGACCCCGCCGGCCGACCUGGCGGCGACCAUCGCGCACGCCGUGCGCCUCGGCUACCGCCACCUCGACACCGCGGCGGUGUACGGCACCGAGGGCGCGGUCGGCGCCGCCGUCGCCGAGGCCGUGCGCUGCGGCGCCGUGGCGUCCCGCGGCGAGCUGUUCGUCACCACCAAGCUCUCCAUGGCCGACGCGCACCCGCCGCGCGUGGUCGCCGCGCUCCGGGAGUCGCUGUCCCGGCUCGGCCUCGACUACGUCGACCUCUUCCUCAUCCACUGGCCCGUCGCCAUCGGCAAGAAGGACGCCGCCGGCGAGCUGACGUGGGACGACCUGAGCCGCGGCCUGGUGCCGUUCGACAUGGAGGGCGUGUGGCGCGGCAUGGAGGAGUGCCACCGGCUGGGCCUCGCGAGGUCCAUCGGCGUCAGCAACUUCUCCGCCGCCAAGAUGUCGCGGCUGCUCGCGCUCGCCGCCGUGCCGCCGGCGGUGAACCAGGUGGAGAUGAACGUCGGGUGGCGGCAGGAGAAGGUGCGGGAGGUGUGUGGCGAGGGCGGCGUCGUCGUCGCCGCCUACUCGCCGCUCGGCGCGCACGGCGCGCACUGGGGCUCCGACGCCGUCAUGAACAGCGGCGUGCUGCACGACGUCGCCGCCGCGAGAUGCAAGACGAUCGCUCAGGUGGCGUUAAGGUGGCUGUACGAGCAAGGCGUGUGCAUGGUGGCGAGGAGCUUCAACGAGGGCCGGAUGAAGCAGAACAUGGACAUCUUCGACUGGGAGCUCAGCGACCAAGACAAGGCGAUGAUCGCCGGCGUGCCGCAGCGGCGAGCCUGCCAUGGAAACUACUUCGUCUCGCCGGACGGCCCGUACAAGUCCCUCCACGACCUCUGGGACGGCGAGAUCUGACGACGGCAACGACUAGAUCUCUAUUCGCAUCAUUGUGCUGGUCAAAAUACUGUCUUGUGUUUAUAUGGAUCAUCGAUGCUAGGUCAUUCCCAACUCAAUAAUUAUGAUGGUGUCUAUAGCAUUAAAUAAGCUGCCACCUAGGAUAAAAAAUGAUGUGGCAAGUGGAUAAAUAAGAAAAGAGAAGGAAACCAUGUCUUGCAUGAGACAUCCAAGACAUUAUGUGAGAUAAGUAGUAUUAAAUUUAAGUAUGAAAUAGUGGUGUUUGCAUUGGAAGAGUAGUGUCUAGUACAUGAUGUGAAGUUUAUAGAAACUACGUAUAGUGUCUUGAGUUAAAAAUGGCCUUAUUAUUAAUAAAGACCGCCAUAAAUUUUUUAUAAACAUACGAGUACCUAUCUUA